CCAUCUGCGGACAUGCAGUCAGCCACGUUGGCCUCCCGCACACCCACCUACCCUCACUCACACAGCGGCUGGACAAGGAAGUAUCAUCCCUUAUUCUAAACUCUUUUACGAAAUGCAGGGCAUGCUGACUCGUCUGACCCACCUGGGCAAUGUCGCCCCCUCCCUGAGCCGCGCAGUGCAUUCUGGGACGCGGACGGCCUCUUAUGUAGCAUCUCAGGCUAAGCGCGCGGAGCGUCAGCUGACCUCAGAGGAAGUGUACGCUCGUGAGGAUCGUUACGGAGCGCACAACUACCACCCUCUACCCGUAGCCCUGGAGAGAGGAGAGGGUAUUUACAUGUGGGAUGUUGAGGGCCGCAGGUAUUAUGACUUCCUCAGUGCGUACAGUGCUGUUAACCAGGGCCACUGCCACCCCAAAAUCAUUGCUGCUCUGAACGCCCAGGCCUCCAAACUGACCCUGACCUCCAGAGCCUUCUACAAUGACAUGCUGGGAGCCUACGAGGAGUACAUCACCAACCUGUUCGGAUACGACAAAGUUCUGCCCAUGAACACAGGUGUUGAGGGUGGAGAGACUGCCUGUAAGCUGGCGCGUAAAUGGGCGUACACUGUGAAGGGCGUUCCCAAGUAUCAGGCAAAGAUCAUCUUUGCAGAGGGUAAUUUCUGGGGGCGUACAAUGGCAGCUAUCUCCAGUUCCACUGACCCCAGCAGUUAUGAUGGUUUUGGUCCAUUCAUGCCGGGAUUUGAGCUGGUGCCCUACAAUGACCUCUCUGCUCUGGAGAAAGCUCUGCAGGAUCCGAACGUGGCAGCGUUCAUGGUGGAGCCCAUCCAGGGUGAAGCUGGUGUUAUGGUGCCGGACCCGGGUUACCUGACGAAAGUGCGCGAGCUCUGCACUAAACAUAAUGUUCUGUUCAUUGCUGAUGAGGUUCAGACGGGUUUGGCUCGGACAGGUCGCAGGUUGGCUGUGGACCAUGAGGCCGUGAGACCGGACCUGGUGGUUCUGGGAAAAGCUCUCUCUGGGGGAGUCUACCCUGUAUCUGCGGUGCUCUGUGAUGAUGAAGUGAUGCUGACCAUUAAACCAGGAGAGCACGGCUCCACUUUCGGAGGAAACCCGCUCGCCUGCAGCGUCGCCAUGGCUGCUCUACAGGUUCUGGAGGAGGAGAAGCUGGCAGAGAACGCUGAGAAAAUGGGACAGAUUCUGAGAUCAGAGCUCAACAAGCUGCCCAAAGAAAUCGUAACAACGGUGCGGGGGAAAGGCCUGCUGAACGCCAUCGUCAUCAAGGAGACUAAAGACUACGACGCCUGGAGAGUGUGCUUGCGACUCCGGGACAACGGACUGCUGGCCAAACCCACGCAUGGUGACAUCAUCAGACUGGCUCCACCCCUCGUUAUAAACGAAGACGAGGUCAGGGAGUGCGUCGACAUCAUCCAGCGAACCAUCCUUUCUUUCUAAACCGAUUACUUUCUUCUGACCAUCAAUACAAAGUAAAUAACAGUUUUUCAAAAAAAAAAAAAAAAACACAGAUUAAAACUGUUCUGACCACAUUAAUAUCAACAUGCAGACCACUCUGGAGUCCCAGCGAAGGAAUGUGUGUGUGUGAGACUUGAUGUUUCUACUGAACGCCCAUUUAUUAAUCUAUAUGUAAUUUAAAUUGCAUGAAAGGGCAUCAUGUACAUCCUUUACUUGUGUCUCUUAUAUAUUUUGUAGUCCAGGACCAGAGAGAAAAACAUCGAUGAGUGUUUGUUUUACCAGGUACAGAUAGUUUGAAGAUAGUUUUGAAGGUUUAAAAAAAAAAAUCCAGGAUACUGAAGGGUUAAAGUUCUCUACAGGUCAGCUGAACCCCAGACAGUGUUUGACUAUGUGAUUUUUUUUAUUUUUAUUUUAUUUUAACAGAUGCUGCUAGUUUCUAGCUUCCGUUUCCAGUACAUACAACACAAAAACACAUGUUUAUGUGUUUAUACUGCUCUAACACACUUCAUUCCAGUCCACAUCACUGGCUUUAUUGUUGCAGGAUCUAAAAUGAACUUCAGUGUGGAUUUCUGAGCUGUACCUCAGCAGGAACUUAUGGAGAAGUCUUGAAUUCUUGAAUUCUAUUAAGGGAGUGUGUCUAAACGGCUUUAUUCCUAUGUAAAAGGAAUGUUUAAUCUAGACACUUUGUUUUUAAGUGUAUAUAGCGUUCAAGUCUGGGACUAAAGCCCUGUUUUUUUAUCCGUUUGCUGAAUUUCAACAAACUGAAAAUUAUACUGAAAGAAAAAAAAACAAUCAGUCUGUGAAUAAACCAAAAUGAACUUAGAGCACUUAGUAAUAUGUGCAUUAAAAGAAAGUAUGCAUUAAAUCUACAUAUUGAAUGCAUGUUUUAUAUUUUAAUUUAUUGCUCAAGUAAAAAAGGAGGAAUGUUAUUUGGUUGAAUGUUUUCUGAACAUUUGGAUCUGGUUACAGAAUGUUGAAGUUCAACAGUUAAAAAUCCUUCAAUGAAAGGGAAAGGAGCAUUUCUAUUGGCCUAUUUACUUUCUCUUUAUAUCGUAAAAUAACUUCAUGAUGAAUUUCUUUUAUAUAAUCAAACAUCAUAAUCACCAAAAUGUCUUGAAAUAUUAUAAAUUUGAAAUCUCAGUGUAUGUGUGUGUGUAUGCAUGUAUGUAUGUAUAUGUACAUACAUAGACUGAUAUAUGUUUUUGCACCCCUGUUCAAAUGGCAUGCAUGUGUUUUCAUACUAGGGAUGACUAAAAUCAAUGCUGAAAAAAUCAAUUGUUUUGAAAAAGAAAUUGUUAAACUGAGUAAAUAUAGUAAACUGUAACUGUAUUAGAACAUACAGAAUUGUGUCACAGCAGAGGAUUUGGCUUUGUUACACAUGAAACAUCAUUGUAAUUCAAUCAGGGGUGUCCAAACUUUCGCAUAUAUACAUAUACUGUGUGUGUGUAUGUGUAUAUAUAUAUAUAUAUAUAUAUAUAUAUAUAUAUAUAUAUAUAUAUAUACUCUCUUGGAGAAGUUAGGCCUAGUAGUUUACUUUCUGUGGAGAAUCUCUAUUCUGAAUGUUGUUUAGUCCAGGACUGAAUUUAAUCUCCAAGUUAAACUGACUCACAUUGUUUAAAAUGAAGGUAAUGCUUUAAGGAAUUUAGUAAUAAUAAAGUAAUAAAGCUUUAUUUCUAAGCUCCUGGAGUCUGAACACACUGGAAUACUGAAAAGGCUGAGUCAUGAUAAAGAGGACAUAUUAUGCCUGUUUUUUGCACAAGAUAGAGAUGUGCUUAAUGGCAAAACAUAAACAAGCUGGUUCAUGCUUAACCUCAUCUGCUGACUUGCCACAGAUUCCUACAUCAGACGAAGUCUGCUGGCUAUAAUUCAGCUGUGUACUGUCUAAAGUUCUCAACCAGCAGAACGAAAUGAGAGAACUUUAACUGAUCUAGUGGGUAGAGCUCUGGUGGGAGUUGAAAGGUGAAGGGUGGUGCCACGGUGGAUCUGUUCACGAUUUCUUAUUGUGUGACGUCACAUAAAAGAAACCAUCCAAACGGCUUAUAGAAGCAUAUGAUUCCUGACAUCAAACUCUUUCGAAACUGAUUCACAGAAAAUAUUUGGAUGGAUUUUAAUUUUUUUUACGCUUGGAGUGUUUAUGAGGGUAGUCGAGAUCCAAGUAGAAAUACAAAAGCUUUCAAAAAGUGAGUUUUGUCUUUAACUUAGGCACUGUCCACAAGUACCAGAUAUUUUUAAAACUGAGGUUUUUGUUUUUUGAGUUUUGGUUGCUGAAAAUUUUGUUUCAACAUAUAAAUAAAUGCAUUUACGGUUCUCUUAUAAAUGUAUGAUAUUUGUUUAGAUACAAGUGUGAAAUGUACUGAUUUGCUUUGUUCACAACACAGGAUCUAUAGCUCAAUUUGGGAUUUCUUCAUUUUUAUGUUGAUGAGGUAUUAUUGCCCCCUACAGGGCUAAUAUGCUAAUGCAAAGUUUUUAUGUCUCCGUGGACACAAAUCUGUUUUUAAAAAUAUCCAGAUAAUUAUGGACGGUGCUUUAAUGCUGUGUGUAAAGACUGUAGUGCAUUCUGUUUUUUUUUUGUUAUUGUAGUAUUGUUCUCUGAAGGUGUGUGUACAUGAGAGUGAAUGUGUGUGUGUGUGCUUUACUGAAGCCUGAGAGUGUCCAGGCUGGUCUUAUUUAUCUGUACAGCGUGCAGCUGGAAAGUUUGACUGGUUGAAAAAGACUGUUUGGUUCAUUGUUCUUUAAAUAAAUGAUUGCUGAGUCAA